UAUGCUGUCGAAAAUGCAGAGACAAUGAGUGGUUUACGACUGUUUUGCAUCAUGCUUGUUUGCACGGGCUUCUCGAAGUGCAGUGGGAUUACUAACUAUGAAAAUGAUAAGAAUUUAAUAGGCGAAGAUGAACGGAGAGGCGUCAUUGUAAAGGAAGGUGAUGGGAUCAACGAUCAAAAGCAUUCAGGGACCAAACGGGGCUUGUGGUUAAUUGCUCAACAUCAGCAUCCGUCAGACGAUUAUGGUGCAGGUGAUAUUGGAGCAGGUCAUCAUGGAUCUAGUGGACCUGGAGGGUAUGGAUACUACGAUUCAGGUGGAUACGGAAUUACUGGUAGUGGAUAUAAUUAUGGAAGUAGUGGAGGAGGAAGUUAUUACAAAGGACCUAGUUUUGGACAAGGAUACGAUUACAAUGGAGGGGGUUACAAUUUUGGACACGGAGGAAGUGGUUUUGGACAUGGAGGAAGUGGUUUUGGACAUGGAGAGGGUGGUUUAGGACAUGGAGGAGGUGGUUUUGGACACAGUGGAUACGGAGACUCUGGACAUGAAGUGUCCCAAGAACACAGCGGCUACAAUAAACUAGCUUUAAAAAAGCUGUUAAUCCCUCUGGCAGGGUUAGCCGUAUUGGGAGCAGUGGCUGCAUUGUCCAGCAAUCCGGUUCUGCUCCAACUCGGAACUGUACAGAGUGGAAGGAGGAAAAGAUCGACUACUUCUGAAAGCAGCAGAAGUGAGGUUUAUCCAUUUAACCCGUGGAUAAGACCAGAUUACGAGUUUAGUUAAAUAAGACACUAGUUUAGA